AUGAAGGCUAGUCAGUUAUUUGGAAUUUCGCUUUUUGCGACACUCUCUGUAGCCUCGCCCGCAGUUGGGAAGCGUUCGGGCUUCAAGGAUGGCCAGCCCAUCAACGGCGAAGGCAAAGGAGCCCCCAUUUAUGGAGGCACCAACAAGCCUCUUGACCUGCAGAACCCUGCCAACCUGGGCCAGGAGAGCACGGAUAAUGGCUGGGUACCCAACUUGAAAUGGAGUUUCUCGGACUCUAAGGCGCGCAUUUUCCCGGGAGGCUGGAGCCGGGAACAAAUUGUUCAGGAUUUGCCCCAGAGCCAUGAUAUCUCGGGAGCACAGCAACAUCUGUCUAAGGGUGCUAUCCGUGAGCUGCAUUGGCACCGCGUGGCAGAGUGGGGUUUUGUGUACAAGGGCUCCAUUUUGCUGACUGGUGUGGACGAGAACGGUCAAUUCACCACCGAGCAGCUGAAUUACGGUGAUAUCUGGUACUUCCCCAAGGGUGUGGCGCACAAUGUGCAGGGUAUCGAGGAUGAGAACGAGUACCUCCUGGCGUUCGACGACGGUGACUUCGAGAAAGUUGGCACCACCUUCAUGGUUGACGACUGGAUCAAUCACACCCCCAAGGAUAUCCUCGCCAAGAACUUCGGCGUCGACGCGUCCGUGUUCGACACGGUGCCCUCCAAGGACCCCUACAUCCUCAACGGCACCGUCAGCAAGGAGCUGGACGACGCACCCCAGGGCACUCUCAAAGGCGCGAGCUCCUACGUCUACCACACGUACGACCACGACCCCGAGCCUGUCCCGGGCCAGGGUGGUACAUUCCGCAAGAUCGACUCCACCAACUUCCCCAUCUCCAAGACCCUCGCCGCUGCCGUUGUGGAGUUGGAGCCCAAGGGCCUUCGCGAGCUGCACUGGCACCCUAACGCCGAGGAGUGGCUGUACUUCCACCAAGGCACAGCCCGCGCUACCGUCUUCCUGGGUGACUCCAAGGCGCGUACCUUCGAUUUCCGCGCAGGAGAUACCGGCGUCUUUCCCGACAACAGUGGCCACUACAUUGAGAACACUUCCGAGACGGAGAAACUUAUCUGGAUCGAAAUCUACAAGAGCGACCGUGUGGCGGACAUUUCACUCGCCCAGUGGCUGGCCCUGACCCCUGCGGACACUGUCGCCAACACCCUCAAGGUCGACAUCGAGGUAGUCAAGCAGAUCAAGAAGGAGAAGCAGCUUCUUGUUAAGGGAUAA